AUGUCCAGUGGCAUCUCCUCCAUCUGGGUGGCUAAAGAACCAAGUUCCAAGCUUCGACAUAAGAGGGCAGCCACCACAAACUCAGGAGUAAAAGUUCCUUACAGUUUUCAACUGUUAGAAGAACUGGAAGAAGGCCAGAAAGAAGUGGGAGAUGGCACAAUUAGCUGGGGUCUAGAAGACGACAAAGACAUGACUCUGACCAGAUGGAAGAUGAUAAUUGGGCAUCCAAGAACCAACUGAAGAGCCAUGUCUGUGCUAGCCAAGUAGCAGAACUUCUACAGCAUUAAAGCCAUCCUGCAAGAGCUGCGGGCCCUCAUGAUGUCUAAAGAGAACAUGAAACUCACUCUGCCAAGGGAAAGACAGUGUUACAGCAACUAA